AUGAGCCGUCCUUCGAUCCAGCGGCUUGCCCAGCUGCGUGGGGCAUCAUCGGCUCGACGCGCUUCAACGCGGCUCGCCGGCCCCAGGUACCAGACUCUCUCGGCCAGCAACCCGACAACUCGGCAAGAGAUCCGACAGACUGCUGGUCCCUCGACCUUCACAGGUCUGCAACAAGCCAAGAAGCUAUUCCACAGUACAGCCCAGAGACGCAAUGAGGCCGCCGAAGAUGAGGAGGAUGCGGGAAGCUACAGCGAGGCCGACCACGAGCAUGCCGUCAUCUCCACGUUUGACCUGUUCUCCAUUGGCAUCGGGCCGUCGUCGUCUCACACCGUCGGCCCCAUGCGGGCCGGCAACAUCUUUGUGGCCGACUUGGUGGAGGCGAACCUCUUGCACAAGGUCAACAAGAUUCGCGUUUCCAUCUACGGCAGUCUGGCGCUGACGGGCGAGGGCCACAUGACGCCGUCGGCCCUGCUGCUUGGACUCGAGAGCGCCGAUGUGGAGACGGUCGACACGGCGUACGUGCCGGAGAGAUUCACCGAGAUCAAGGCCACCAAGAAACUCUUCUUGGGCCAGGGUCUCUCGGAUGGCAAGGGAAAAGAGGUCGACUUUGACUAUGAGCGCGACUUUGUCUGGGAAUGGGGUCGCAAGUUGCCGAUGCACAGCAACGGCAUGCGUUUCACCGUCUUUGACGACGAGGGAUACGUCUUGGCGACAAAUGACAUGUUCAGCGUCGGCGGGGGUUUCGUCGUCAACGGCGCCCUGUCCAUCAACCCGGACGCGUCGCUGUCUUCAUCCUCCUCCUCGUCAAUGACGCAGGUGGAAAGCGCAGACGGUACGGCCGAGACGGCCGGAAGGCAUCCGGCCGACCUGGCGGAAAAUAUGUUUUACAAAGAGAUUCGGCGAUCCGAUGCUGCCGGGGACCGUCGGACCGGUGCCGAGGUCAAGCCCCUCGAUGAGGCAAAGGAAGACUCGAUGCUUCUCGAGGGCGCUCAAACGGGCUUGUCCCCCGUCGUUUCGACGGCUGAGAACGGCGUCGACGGCGGCGCCGAGCAUGGAUCCGAGAGCUCUACCAGCGAGUCUUCUGGCCCUCGUUAUCCGUUCCGAGAUGCCACGAGCUUGCUGGCGCUCUGCCGCAAGCACAACCUCACCAUCGCUCAGCUCGUGUACGAGAACGAGAAGAGCCAUGGCUACACCGACGAGGAAAUCUACCACAAGUUAUUCAAGAUUUGGCAAGUCAUGGACACCAGCAUCUUGGAGAGCGUGCAAGCCCCCUUGGACACCAAGCUCCCCGGUUCUCUCAAGCUCCAUCGCCGCGCACCGGCUCUGUACCGGAGGUUGACACGAGGACUCUACUCAACCGCCGGCCACACGUCGCCAAACCCUCUCGACAAGGGAGCGGGCGAAAAGGCAUCGUUGCCCGGCUCACCUGCUGGCUCGGCGUCCGCGUCCGCGCCGGCAACGAUAGGCAAAUCCAAGCCGCCCGGCCUGAGCGUCGGACGCCGCCCACCCCCCCGGAUCCUCGGCUCCCUCGACCACCCCAUCACACCCUCCCCCUCCCGCCGCACAACCUUCCCGACAAUGGACUACCUCACAGUCUACGCCAUCGCCGUCAACGAGACAAACGCCGCGGGCGGCCGCAUCGUCACGGCGCCCACCAACGGCGCAGCUGGCAUCAUCCCCGCCGUGCUCAAAUACACAAUCGAGUUCAUCUCUGACGACCCGGAGCGCGACAUCCCCACCUUUCUCCUCACCGCCGCCGCAAUCGGCAUGCUCUACAAGCGCGGCGCCACAAUCUCCGCCGCCGAGGGCGGCUGCAUGGCCGAGGUGGGCGUCGCCUGCUCCAUGGCCGCCGGCGCCUUCGCGGCCUGCAUGGGCGCCAGCCCCGAGGCCAUUGAGCAGGCCGCCGAGAUUGGCAUCGAGCACAACCUCGGACUGACGUGCGAUCCCAUCGGCGGGCUCGUGCAGGCGCCGUGCAUCGAGCGCAACGCGCUGGGCGCCAUCAAGGCCAUUUCGAGCGCCAACUUGGCGCUGAGCAGCGAGACGGGCACGCAAAAGGUGAGGCUGGAUGAUGCGAUCCGGGCGAUGCGGCUUACGGCCAAGGGGAUGCGGAACGAGUUCAAGGAGACUAGUCUGAGUGGACUGGCGACGAGCGUGCCUUUUAAUAUUCCCGUCAGUGUCCCUGACUGCUGA